UCAGCAACCGCACACCCUGGUCCACAAGGAACUCCUCCUGUCACACACACACACACACACACACACAAAGAGGAGGAAGAUGUGCGACGUGCAGCUGCUGCGGGAGUCGGUACAUGAGCGGAUCAGCGCCGCCGCCGAAGACUUUCUGCUGCAGCUGGAGGAAGGAGGAGAAACGGCUCGAGUCCCGGAGCUGAGAGCGAUGCUAACCGAGCGGCUAACGGCGGCGGCGGAGGAGAUCGUCGCGGUGUUCGAAGACAGAAUGGAGCGGUCCGAGCGGGAGCUCUGCCGCCAGAGGAGGCUGCUGGAGGCCGUGAUGAAGCCCCAACUCCGGCUGCACCGAGUUGUGUGUCCUGCUGAUGUACAGCAGCUGAUGGUGAAUAAAGAAGAGGUUCCCCCUGAGCAGCAGCAGUGGAGCCCCCUUGUGGACCAGGAGGACCCAGAGCCCCCCCACAUUAAAGAGGAACAGGAGGAACCGUGGACCAAUCAGGAGGGAGAGCAGCUUCAACAACUUGAGCAGGCUGAUAUCAAGUUCACAUGGACUGCUGUCACUAUGAAAAGUGAAGAAGAUGAAGAGAAACCUGAGUUGUCACAGCUUCAUCAGAGUCAGACUGAGGAGAACAGAGCGGACUGUGGAGAACAAGAACCAGCCAGGAACUCAGGUCCUGAUGGGCAUUUACAACAAGGUCCUGAGGACAAGACUGAAGACUCUUCUGAGACUGAUGACAGUGAAGAUGAUUGGAUGCAGACCAGGGAACCUCAGUCUGGUUUAAAUACAAAAAAUAGCAAACAACCUCUAAGUGAUAUGAAAAGUAAAACUGGUAAAAAGGCAUUUGGUUGUUCUGAGUGUGAUAAAAGAUUUCUUCAAAAGGGCAAUCUAACUGAGCAUAUGAGGAUUCAUACAGGAGAGAAACCAUUUGGUUGUUCUGACUGUGGUCAAAGAUUCAGACGAAAGUGCUCUCUAACCAUACAUGUGAGGAUUCAUACAGGAGAGAAACCAUUUGGUUGUUCUGACUGUGGUCAAAGAUUCAGACAAAAGAGCGUUUUAACUGUACAUAUGAGGACUCAUACAGUAGAGAAACCGUUUAGUUGCUCCGAGUGUGGGAAAAGAUUUUUUCAAAAGGGCGAUCUAACUGUACAUAUGUGGAAUCAUACAGGAGAGAAAGCAUUUGGUUGUUCUGACUGUGGUCAAAGAUUCGGACGAAAGAGCGUUUUAACUGUACAUAUGAGGACUCAUACAGGAGAGAAACCGUUUAGUUGCUCCGAGUGUGAUAAAAGAUUCAGACGAAAGAGCCAUCUAAACGUCCAUAUGAUGAUUCAUACAGGAGAGAAACCGUUUAGUUGCUCCGAGUGUGGGAAAGGAUUUCUUCAGAGUGGCGCUGUAACUGUUCACAUGAGGUCUCAUACAGGAGAGAAACCGUUUAGUUGCUCUGUGUGUGGUAAAAGAUUUAUCCAAAAACACGCACUGGAAAAACAUGAUAGAAGUCAUACAGGAGAGAAAGCACUUAGUUGCUCCUAGUGUUGUAAAAGAUUUAAGUAACAUCGUUUGCAACAAAAUUAUUUAUUAAGAUUUGUCAAACUAUUCAUAUUGUCCAUAUUCAUAGUUCACUUUUGUAAAUAGAGAAUUUAGAAUUCCCCCUUUCACCUGUUUUUAUCAGUUAAACAAUUUGAAUGUUCAUACAAAAUACAACUCAUUGAAUAACAUGAAAGAUUUGUGUUGAUAUUUCUUGUUUCUCCUGAAUUACGCCUCAUAUAAUACACAACUAUACUGUGAAGGAAAUAAGUAUUUGAUCCUUUGCCGAUUUUGCAAGUUUGACCACUGACUAAUAAAUAAACAGUCAUUGUAACAGUCUGCUAAACCUGGCAGGUUAUGCAGACUGUUUUAUUCUGUUAUUUGGGUUGGGCUUUUUUUGUUCUUUAUGUUCAACUAUGUGUUGGGUUAUUUCAGUGAGUAAUUUGUUGUCUUUGUACACAUAGUGACUCCCCUCGCAUAAAUACCUGAAGCUUUAGGGAGUGGACCAUUUUAAUAAACACACCUAUCCCUCGCUUCAAGGCCAAGGCAAAUAUAACAACUGCUGUACAGCCGCGGCACAAAAAUAUUAGCAGAUAGGACGACAGGACGCUAGCAGAGGCAAUUCACAACCAUACAGACCUAACGAUUAAAGUUUAACACCCCUCGCCGAGCGGAACGAGGUAAGGUAGCGGGUUCUAUUCACUUUGCUGCAGGUAGCACGGAAUGGGAGUCGCUAUGUCACAUUAACUCGCCCAACAUAUUCUCACGUGGUUGUUUGUUUAUGUAUUUUAACGGUUGUAUUUGGCUUUUAUUGAAUAAUUAUGUUGCAUUUGGUUUCAUUUUAGUUUUACGGUGUUGUACGGCGCCACGAUGAGGUGAAAUAAUAAAGAGCCGUGACAUCA